UCCGAUUCGCCUUUUAGUUGCUCUCUGCCUGCGGCGAGCCGACGGUCGACGAUCUCUGCCUUCCCGGCAAUCCGACGGGCGACGACCUAUGCAUUUGCGACAAGCAGACAUUUGCUCUGCUUUCCCUUAGAUCCACCGACCAACUCUUCAAAGUCCGACGCGGCGACGCCUUCAGCGACCACCGACCAACUCUUCAAAACCCGACCAACCGGUAUCAUCCGAUUGAGGGCACAUGAAAUGAAACAUAUCGUGAAAAUAUUUACAAUUCUGGUGGCUGUAUCUGCCCUUUGGACGUGGUUGCUAAAGACGGCUGUUUUACCAGAAAGUUAUACUUGGUUGCUCCCAAUCUACUUCGUCGUGUCGCUAGGGUGUUAUGGGCUAGUAAUGGUUGGAGUAGGCCUGAUGCAGUUCCCUACUUGUCCCCAAGAGGCAGUUCUUUUACAGCAGGACAUUCUUGAAGCCCAGACCUUCCUGAAGACAAGAGGAGUUGAUGUUGGUUGAUCCAUGGAUGGUAACUGCCCAAAAAUAUUUCUUCUUUCUUGUUAUAUGAAUGAGAGUUUGCUUAAAACUUGUUGGUUUUCACAGCUUUCCCCUAUCUUGCACAAUGUUUUC